GCCAGACGGCGAAUUUCUUGCGACCGAAAUAGCCAAAACUCUCGUAACGGAAUAUCGCGAAAUACUAUUCGUAAUAAGUGCAAAUGAAAUGUGGUUGUGUUUUAUGUUGCACAGUUGAGCUGCGCCACGACCUUCGGCAAGUGGAAGAUACAAGCCAAGUGCGACUGCUACGCGGAAGGACAGGAAGACCUAAAUGACUGCAACAAGAGCAAGAUUUAUUCACGCUGCCAACUAAUGAAACGUGGCUGAAAACAGUGUCAAUUGCAGAUUGUAUUGCGGUGAUUUUUAGUGUUGGGCUAAACGAUUUGCAACAAGCCUUUAAAAAUUAAUUGGCCAAAUCGCGUGUGCAUCUCUGAGAUACAAAACGUACUGCGGCAGACAUACGACGAUAGUGAAGUGUGCGCGCAGCUGCAACUGCUGCAACUGCUGCAACUGCCGCAACUGGCAGAUACCAAAACUCAUCGUCUCCCAAGUGGCAACGGGUGAAAUUUUUCGUGCCAAAUUUGCAAAAUUUGCAAAAUUGAAGUGCAAAUCACAGCUUGUUCGCGCAAAUUACCGGCGCUUGUUUAACACCCUGAACAGCAAGCCAAAACUCAAGCCCAAAUUCAAUUGCAAUUUCAAUUGCAAACUAAACGCAAACUCAAUCUGAAUUGCAAUUGCAAUUCAUGCGACGGCAAAUAGUUGACUACAGUUUGUUAAAUAUGACUCACACCUAAGGUACGACUCACACACGGGCGGCAUGUUGCAUCUGAGGCUUUUCGAUAGCUCGCUCUAUUAUACGCUGGCCUCCGUGUCGUCGGGCAUGCUGCCACCACCCCAGGCGUCCAAUGGCAGCCAGUUGACGUUGACUGGCGCAGCAGCCGGCAUUGCGCCAGCGGAGUCUACAGUUAAUCUGACAUAUUUUACACCUGCGAUCUCACACGUGAUGCUGGCGCCGACGCCAACGACUGCUAGUGCAGCCCAGACGACAGAAGCAGCAACAACAACAACAGCAACACCAACAACAGCAUCAACAACAACGCCAGGCAGCGAUUUUGAGGCGGCGGCAGCGACAGCGGCAUCAGGCGACAACUUAACGUCGCCAUAUGCGGGUGAAUUGGACAACUUGAAUUCUUUCUACUUUUAUGAGACGGAACAAUUUGCUGUACUCUGGAUACUUUUUACCAUCAUUGUUCUGGGCAAUUCGGCGGUUCUAUUUGUUAUGUUCAUCAACAAGAAUCGGAAGUCGCGCAUGAACUAUUUCAUUAGGCAGCUAGCGCUGGCAGAUCUGUGUGUGGGACUGCUCAAUGUGCUGACGGACAUCAUUUGGCGCAUCACAAUCUCAUGGCGGGCCGGAAACGUGGCCUGUAAGGUCAUACGCUUCUCCCAGGUGUGCGUCACAUACUCCUCCACAUAUGUGCUGGUGGCCAUGAGCAUUGACAGAUACGAUGCAAUAACGCACCCAAUGAACUUCUCAAAGUCGUGGAAACGCGCUCGUCAUUUGGUGGCUGGCGCUUGGCUGCUCUCCGCUCUCUUUUCGCUGCCCAUACUGGUACUGUACGAGGAGAAACUCAUACAGGGCCAUCCGCAGUGCUGGAUUGAACUGGGCUCGCCAAUGGCCUGGCAGAUUUAUAUGUGUCUCGUCUCGGCCGCAUUGUUUGCGGUCCCCGCAUUGAUAAUAUCCGCCUGCUAUGCUAUUAUUGUGAAGACCAUAUGGGCUAAGGGCUCCAUAUUUGUGCCUACAGAACGUGUAGGAUUCGGUGGUGCUGCAACAAGACGCGCCAGCUCAAGAGGCAUCAUACCACGCGCCAAGGUCAAGACCGUGAAGAUGACGCUGACGAUUGUAUUUGUGUUUAUUCUAUGCUGGUCGCCAUACAUUAUAUUUGAUCUGCUACAAGUCUUUGGCCAGAUACCGCACUCACAGACAAAUAUUGCCAUAGCCACAUUUAUACAGAGCCUGGCACCACUCAACUCGGCAGCGAAUCCUCUAAUAUACUGCUUGUUCUCCUCACAAGUAUUUCGCACGCUCAGUCGUUUCCCGCCCUUCAAGUGGUUGACCUGCUGCUGCAAAUCCUAUCGGAACAACUCGCAGCAGAACCGCUGCCACACAGUGGGUCGUCGUCUGCACAAUAGCUGUGAUUCCAUGCGCACUCUAACCACCUCUCUGACGGUUUCAAGACGCUCCACCAAUAAGACGAACGCCCGGGUCGUCAUCUGCGAACGGCCCAACAAGGUAAUCACCGUGCCGGCUAUGUCAGAGGUAUGAUAGCUGGCGCAUUCAACCCGCAAGCGUUCAACGUUUGCGGUCCACGGGCCGACGUCCUUCAGCGAUGCGGAGUUUCUAUAAGUAAAUUGCCAGCGCCCACUGUAGGCUAUAGGAGGCUUAGACAAUAAGUGCGAUAGUUGUGUGUGCAUAGCGAAUGCCCAAAUCGAAUAUAUAUACAUACACAUAUAUGCAUAAUGUGCGUGUACUUAGGUGUGCUACGAAUUUCAAUGCAUGUAUUUCCCAUUGCAAUUUAUUCUAAGUAUUUAUGCAAUUAGCUUGUAACUACUAUAAAACAAAACUUAUUCAACUAAAUGAGAACUUAACAUGCAUUGGGCAUCGAUUUA